GGCAGUACAACAACAAGAAUGCCAUGGCGGGUAGGUUACGAGUUUCAUAUUCGACAACUAUGAAGGAUUCAACGUUCAGGAGUGAUUGUAACAUAGACUGCUGUGAUAACGGUUCUCAGGGACAUAAUGAGGAUGGUAUACAACGAGAUCCGGAUUUUGUCGAGGACAGAUUCCGAGUGGAUCGAAAGAAGCUCGAGCACAUGUUACAAGUUCAUGGGGAACACACAGAUGAAAGUGCGGAAGAUUUCUUCCAAAGGGUUAUGGAUGAAACCAAUACUCAAAUUACAUGGCCCUCAAAGUUAAAAAUUGGUGCCAAGUCAAAGAAAGAUCCACAUAUAAAAGUUGUCGGUAUGCCAGAGGACGUGCGGUCAGCCAAGGAUAGAAUCAUGACUGUUCUAGACACAAAAAGUAAUCGUGUAACAUUAAAAAUGGAUGUGUCGCAUACAGAGCACUCUCAUGUGAUAGGGAAAGGUGGCAAUAACAUAAAGCGUGUGAUGCAGGGGACGGGCUGUCAUAUCCACUUCCCAGACUCCAACAGGGGGAACAAUGUCCAGGAGAAAAGCAAUCAGGUGUCCAUUGCUGGUCAGCCCACGGGUGUGGAGAGUGCCAGGCAGCAAAUACGAGAGUUGCUGCCUCUCGUGUACAUGUUUGAGCUACCAAUGGGAGCCAUGCUACAGCCCCUUCCCGAUGUCUCUUCACCUGCCAUACAACAACUACAACAAAAUUACAACGUAACCGUUUCGUUUCGACAACGUCCUCGAAUGUAUGUAACCACAAUAAUAGUCAGAGGGUCUGUCUUCAACGCGAUAUCGGUGAAGGAAGCAACGUCAAGACUGAUGGAACAACUCACAGGGAACAUCUCGUGUGCCAAUAUGGCAGUAAGUAUGCAGUUGGAAAUUGCACCACAGCACCACCUGUUCAUGAUUGGUCAGCGGGGGAUGAAUGUGAAACAGAUUAUGCAGCGGACAGGGGCCACCAUACACUUCCCCGAUCCCAACAAUGUCACCCCUUUGCGGAAGGGCACAGUGUUUAUCACAGGCAGUAUAGAGAGCGUGUACUUGGCCCGGGAACAGUUAAUUGGUUGUCUGCCCCUGGUGCUGAUGUUCGAUGUGAAAGAAGAUGUUGAAGUAGAUCAAACUCGUAUUGGUCAUUUAAUGGAACAGUUAGAUGUCUUUAUCAGUGUCAAACCUAAACCAAAACAGCCAAGCAAGUCUGUGAUAGUGAAAAGUAUUGAGCGUAAUGCCACCAACAUGUACAUGGCACGCCUGACACUUCUGGGUCAAGAUCGUGAUGACUCAAGCUACACCCCCUGUCAGUCCAACAACUCCAGUCGACCCACCUCCCCACCAACCAAUGGCCUGGGACUCGCUGGCCUCGGUCUGCUAAGCCAGAAUCUACUGAACAUCACAACAACCAACUCCUUACUACUGCUGAAUGGUCACUGUGGGGGAUCAAACCUGGUCUCUCCCCACCCCAGCCCUGGCUCCACAAGCCCAUGCUCACACUGGGUCCCUCCUCCACCAGGCAUCUACAGCCCUAUGAUGAUGGUGACUCCUCCCUCAGUGUUCACCAACGCUACCCAAAAUGGGCUGAACAUGCUGACCCAGUGCAAUGGCCUGAACAAGGAGCUCAGCCAGAACGGUGCCUUGAUACGCGUGCCUACACCAUCUGAUAGAGUGUUUUCUCCAGACCCAAGCAGUAACAACAGCAGUGUGAACAGCCCUUCCCACAGUCCAUGUGAUAGCCCGCCCCUAGAGAUGUCUGCUCCACCCACCACAGUUGAUAUAGCGAGCUCAGAGACAGCUGAUGAGAUUGUGAAGAUGAUAUCCCAGAAUACCUCCCCAAGCAAUAGUGGCCACACCCUUGACUUGCUGGGGCUCAGUAAGCCCACCAACUCCCCGCUCAGCCAGUCUCUGUUCAUGGACAGCCCAGUCCCACCCAGUCAUCUCCUGUUAGUCAAUACCACUCUGAAUAAUGGCGACCGAUCAUCGGAAUCAGGUGGUGAUUCAGACAGCUCCGACAAGCGAGCACCUGGCAUUGAGAGGAAGAACUCCUGCUCCCUGUUUGGAGGCCCACACCCAUUAUCCGUGGAAUAUGAGCAGAAAAAGAUGAUGGGCACGAGUGUGGACUAUGAACAGAAGAAACUGAUGGCAACAAAAGCUAUGCAGAAGAAGCCAAUCGGUGAAUCACGGACGCCGACCAAUGUAUGGGCGGGAUUGGGAUUCUCCAAAUCCAUGCCUGAAUCUGCAAUCCGAGAAUGCUUGUACCAGAAUAACAUGAAAUACUGUGGCAAUCAUAUGGCCACCACUUUCGAGCAUCCCAGUCCAGAAAUGAAUGGGGAUGGUGAUGUGGAUCGUGACCCAUGGAAGGACAGUGCGAAAGCCCCUGUGAACCCUGCCCCCGGGGAAUAUCCCAGCCCUAGGAGAAGAUAUGACUACAGCAUGAACAGCAGUAAUCAUCUUGAUGGAGCGAUUCUACCACCAAAGUCUGUCAACCUCCCGAAAACCGAUCUGGCAGAGCUGUUCAGUAAAAUGGGACUGGGCAAAUACUCAGACCUUUUCCAACAACAAGAGAUUGACUUGGCAACAUUCCGAACGUUGACUGAUGAAGAUCUGAAGGAACUCGGCAUUACAACUUUUGGAGCCAGGCGGAAAAUGUUACUAGCAAUAGCAGAUAUGAACAAAAGACAGACGUUAUUCUCUGCCACUCCUGGCUCGAACAACCCAUUCAGGGAAAACGGUGAGGCAUCCUUGCGCACACGGUGGCCUGAUCUAGCCAGUCUGAGCGGACGAUGGUAACAGUCUCACCUGUAUGAACUAUCCAUUCAGGGACAAUGGUGAGGAAUCCGUGCACACCUGGCAACCUGAUCUAGCCAGUGUGAGAGGAUGAUGGUAACAGUCUCACCUGUAUGAACAUGACAAAAAUCUUGGAGCUGCUGACAUUAGCUAAUCUUUACACGAACUGCUGUCAGGUCAGAACCUCAGGCUGGAAUUUUUUGGUAACUGUGGUAUAUCAGAAUAUCACAGCAACUGUCAAUAUAUAUGUCAGUAUAAAUGAAUAAAAGAAACUUUUUUCCCCCCUAGAUUUCCAGUAGUUACACACUAGUUUGAGGGUCUGUUGCUGUCAUAGGAUAUUAUCUGUAAAAAUGGCUGACAGCAUGUACUGUGCUUGACAGAGCACAGUAAAUGUAGUUUAUGAGAUUGGAACAUAAAAGUACGUUUUUAUAAAAGUUUAAAUCUUUCUACUCAGCGAGUUCUGACAUUUUAUCCGUCCAUUUCCGAGCAAGCAUUUCUUCUUGUGAUACUUAAUCCCACUUGACAGUUCACCUCCUAAUGUUUCCUCAGUGAAAUUGUAUUUCAGAUGUAUCAAAGGUUAAGUAAUGUGGCUUCUUAGUAUCAUGGAGAGUUACUCUGUAUGUUUUCUGCAAAAUGCAGUGAAGUACUAAUAAUUUCAAAGAGAGGAGUGUUAAAAAUUCUUAAAUUAAUCAAUUUGGUAAAAUUGGUUUUCAAACAAUACAGUAGGUAUAUUGGGCUAGUGGAUCUAGUUUUAGUUGUAGAGAAAGAUCUAGUUAUGAUUUUGUAAUUUUUAAAGUAAAGAAGAAUUAUUUAUAGUAAUAGCAAAUGUAAAAGAAGAAAUCUGUAUGAAAGGAUAUAUUCUAAUUUUGUUUUGCAUUUAAAGUGCUGUCCAUUGAGUGCCUUUGAGAUUGUAUACAUCUGUUCAAAUGGGUGUUCUGCCAGGAGCAGAAUUUCUAAGCCAGGCACAUUAAUUCAGUCUUUGUCUUUCGCUGUGCAUGUCACAUACAUGUAUGCUGUAUUAAAAUAAGCCUCAAACAGCUGCCGUUCUCAUUAUGUAACAGUAGCUGCAAGGUGCUUUUAAACAUGUAGUUAAAUACAUGUACUUCUCCCUUUUCUUUUGGUUGGUCUCUCAGACCAGGAAAUGGUUACAGCGUGCCUAUACACAAUACAGAUGUGAUAACUAGAAAAUUAUGUCUUUUUUAAUUAACUCAGGUCUGAGUACUUCAGCCUGUAAUGUGUCAUUGUUAUUGAUACUUAUGUAUGUAUACAGUUUCAUCUGAAUAUAGAUGUGCGUAAAGGUGAUGAAGUUCAUCGAUGCAUCUUAAUAUGCAUGUGCGGAUAUAAACUUGGAACCAUAACGCGAAGAGUUGGUGCAUAUUGUCAUUCAUCUUUGUUAUUACGUAUCAAAAUCUCACUGGUUUUUAGGGUAAAGAUAAAGUAGGAUACAGAUUUCUAUCCUUCUAGUGUAUCUUCUUAAUUCAUUUUGAAACAAGUUGAAUAUCUUCUUGUUCACAGAGAUCUCAUUGCCGUUAGAUCAGAAUUCUUAUUGUGAAACCAGUAUCACGGGCAGUUUGUACUGUUACAUGUGCAUAACUACUAUAGCUACCAGUAUUGAAGACAUCUGGACUGGGUCAUGUCAGAAUCUGUUCUGUUUGCCAAAUCGUCUUGUGUGUAGUAUGGGUUUUGUAUAUCUUUAAUUUACAGAUUGGGAUAGUUUGUGAGAAAAAGGUUUGGUUUUGCAGUUGACCAUGUUUUAAACACAGCUAUCACACACUUCUGUUGUUUUAACCAGGGUAAUAACACAUACACAUUUCUUGACUCAAAGUUGUAACCAUGUUUCAUGUCUUUAUAACUUACUGGGUACUGUUUUAAAUAAAGUUACACCUUGUCUGCUGGGUUGUGACAUUCUACCACAUGUAACAAUGUAUGGCUGUUGCCAUAACAACAAUUUGAUAACAUAAAAUUCAAAGGUGAAAGGUCCUUUGUCAAAGUACCAUUGCCUCUUUAUAUCAGAGAUGCUCCCCGUAGAGAAAAUGUACUUGUAGAAGUACCACACAUGUACGUCUGAUAAAAUUGAGAAGUAUUGUCUAUGUAGCAGAUUCAUAGAAGUAACAUUCUGUGUACUUCUGUAAUAAACCCAUCAAGGUAUGAUACAUUUACUUUUGUACAAAUAAACAACAAAAGUACUAAACAUGUACUUUUGUAAUAAACCCAUAAAAGUGCCAUCUUUACUUAAGCACACUAUACUCAAAUACUGUGUUUCUGAAACACUUCAUACUUUGAUAUGAAUGUAAUAUAACAAUCUUGACUUUUUGAUACUUUUCUUUAUAAGGUAACAACCAUACACUAAAGGUGUGUCAGAAUCAUACUAAAUGAUACUGAGUGCUCUCUCUUUGCCUCUUAGGAAAACCUUACUGUUUUAUACAUAUUCUAUAUGUAUUUUAUAAAUCGACCUUUCUUGUGUUUCUGUUUUCUUGUAUUGAUGUCAACUUUUUGAGAAACAGCCUGUUUGGCGUACUGUUAUUUUCUGUGUGUUUUAUUGGACAAAAGGUAAUCUAUGCGAAGGAAAUAAAGGAUCUGAGUAGCCUAGUUGUAGGUCUAUUAGGUAGCAAGUGAACUUUCUAGUGUAGUGGGCUAGAGGCCUGUGGAAGUUGUUAGCUGCAGGUUACAGCAUUGUGAAAAAGUUUAUGGUAUGUUAGUGUACACUUUAGAGCAGUUGUUUGUUACAGGAAUAGCGUUGUUGUUUCAGACUUACAGUUUGAAGGGAUCUCCGGUUUUGGAAGUACUUUGAUAGUUGAAAACAUAGUUCUACCUUGCCUCGCGUUACUUGUUAUAACUGUGAUCUUGUCUUACCGGUUUUUAUCAAUGUGUGUCAAUACCCUCAUUUUCAUUUCGAUACUUUUUUUUAUAUUGUUAGUGAAUUUUUGUUAGACUGAAGCAAGUUGAGCUCAGUUUAAAUUCAAAUUAAUCUUUUAUGCCUCUAUGGCAGUUGUUUCAGUUGAAGCAACCCUUGUUUUGUACCAUUGCAUUCAUUUUCUUGAAUUUAAAUUUCCGUAUUCUUAUUCUGUUUAGAGAUAUUGAGUUAACCACAAAUUUGUUAAAAGAAAUUGCCCAGCAAGUGCAGGGUACCUAGAGAGCUCCAACAGCUGACAAAGAUUUGCAUGAUGCUACACACUGUACACAGGUUGUAAGAGGAGGCCUGUUGCAUGUCGGUUCAUUCAAGGGGAGAUUACUCUCCUUAAUAUUGCUUUUAUUUGUUCACGAGAACUUGUGUUUGUGACACCAGUCCAAGUAUGCAAGGAAAAGGUUGUAGGUUCUGUUUGAUAUGAACAUGUACUCCGUCCAAAUGCCAAAUGCCACGAGACGAAACACUAUGCAGUAUGAGAAACAGCCAGGAAUAAUCUUAUGUAAGGCAUCAACAAACACAGUGCCUGUUAUAAAUAUGUUGAUAAAUGACUGACAUGCAAUAGGCCUAAAGCAGCCAAUGAUUUUUAUUUCGACUUUCUAUGUAGAGACAUUGUAGGAUAAGGUUAUUCUGCUUUAUGAGAGCAUUAUGUUGUAUGGGCAUAACCAAGAGUUGUGUGCCCGUCACAGUAUACAAUGUCUAUAUUCGAGUACAAAAGUAUUUUGACUUUUGGUUUUUUUAGGAAGAAGUUUAUUGUUUAUUAACAUGUAUGUUCAUAUAUCAGAUGUUUUAAGUGUCAGUCCAAACUGAGUUUGGCAGGAGAGCUGUUUUGUUUAUCAAAUAUAUCAUCACUGAAAUGCUUUGCAUGAUUAUGUUUUGUUAUACAUAUAAACAAUUUUUAUGAUGCUAGUUGAUGCGAUAAGGUUCAUGUGUAUUUUUAAUGUUAGGAGCUUAAGUUUGGCUUAAGUACAGUGCCAUAUUUUACUGUUUUAUUGCCUGGUGUUGGAUUCCACCAGAAAUAAUAUUUAACAUGAUCACAAACUUUGUAACUUGGCUUUGUUUUUCUUGUGAAUUUGUAUUUUGUACUCUGCUCAAAGCACAGUUGGUCAGUGACUUAACCCGUCUUCUGAAAACCAGGUUUAAGGACAUUGGCAUACAAGAAGUUGUUGGUACUAUCCCAUUUUACAUGUGGAGGACCAUACCCACAUUCUUAUUUCUCCUUAAGGUCACCUCAGUGACAUGGUGCAAAAAUCUCUUAAGAUGUGAUACAGAUCAGUAAUUCUUGCAAUAAAAAAAAAACAAAUUUGCACGAAAAAUGUCUGUUUUUAAUAUUUGUUUUCAGUUAAUAUUGACAUGUAGUCAUUUGUUCCUGUUCUAUGAUGGAAGUUCCACAUUACUCCAAAAACCAUAUCGUUUUAACACCUAAUCUUUUUGUGUUCAUUACAGCUGUUCAAUCCUGCUCGAUUGAUCAAUUCCGUAAUAGUUAGAUUUAGGAUUAUUAUGCACUUGCAACAAAAGGAUAUGUUAAGUACUCGUGGGCUUGGCGUCAAUAUACUCUGCCUGGGUGAGGUGAACUGGUGUUACAGGAGUCCAGCAUUGUAAAUGUUCAUACUAGCUGCAAAAGGCCUACAAGGGAACAUUUUUGAUAUGAACAAAAUAAAAAGCACUGUCCAACUGCAUGCAAAGAGGCAUUAGAAUUUACCCGGCUGGUAUUCUCUUUCUUGCCAAUACACAUAUAAUUUGAACAGGAAUACAGUUUCCCAUUUCUCUCGUGGUUUGUCCUACAACAUAUACAAAUCUAUUCUAACAAAAAAAUAGAAGAAUUACAGUAUUUGAGUAAAGAUAAAACUCACCCAAGAAUAUAAUUCAAAAGAGUGAUCUGAUAUUGUUAAA